AUGCCCAGGAUGGACAAUUGUAAAGAUUUUCUAAGUUGGGUCGACCCUGAUACGUCUCUCAAUAUUUUCAAGUGUCUGGAUGAUCCAGCAGAUCUAGCCCGCGUCAGUUGUGUUUCACGAUCUUGGAGAGGCUUUGUGGUUGCAAACGGCCUUUCUAAGCAGUUGUGCUUGAGAAUGUUUCCUCAAUUAUCAAGAGUUGCUUGUGUUGUUGAACUAAACCAGGACGGAGUGAAGGAACACUCAGAGGUUGGAUCUAGCCAAUCUAAUGAAUGUCUAGCUCUAUGGAAAGAUCAUAGAGUCUAUAGUUAUCUUGCUAGAUCCUGCUUAUCUCCUGUUGCUAUGGAUUGCAUAGAUAAGGCAAUCAGUGCUUCUAGCACUGAUAAUUUUCCUCAGGAGAGCAUUGUUAAUACUCUAGAGGAAAGAGACAACAUUGCUGGUAGAUUUUCCUAUUGGUCGAGUAGCGGACAAAGCAAUCCCAAUGUGCCUGAGACAUUAACAUACCAGUUGGCUUCUCAAAUAUGUGUUAUUACAGAAAUCAAUAUUCAGCCUUUCCAAGCUCACUUUCAGAUGGGGUCGCCAAUAUAUUCAGCAAAAUCUGUUAGGUUCAAAAUGGGUCAUCUUAAAGCCUCUUUAGAUGAUUUAACUGAUGCGUUUGUAUGGACCUAUACAUCUCCGGAGUUUCCAAUGGCUCAGGAAAACCGGCUACAGAAGUUCAAGCUUCCAGAACCUGUUCUCUGUAUUGGUGGUAUCUUGCAGAUUGAGCUUUUGGAAAGGGUGCAGAGCCAAGAAAUGGACGGCUUACUAUACAUUUGUAUUUCUCAUGUUCAAGCUCUGGGGAUUCAGUUGUCACCAGCAUUUUCUGUUGAUAUUCUCGGGCCCUCUGGAAUGUUUGUGUUGAAGAGAGACCGCAUGGCUAACUGUCAACCUCCAGAGCCUUCUGAAAAUGAGUCUGGAGCAGCAUUAACUUUAGCUGAUAGAGAUUUCCAACAGAUUGUGACUAUACUGCGGGGACAUGUAAUGGGAGUAGGAGCUAUGGAUGGUUGGGAAGAGGAAGAGUAUGAAGUUGAUGAGGAUAAUGCCUUCUGA